CGCACACUCCACUCCUGUGCGUAAACGCGUAGAGAACCUGGCUGGGACACUGAGCUUUCAGAUUGGCUGUGAUAAUUAAAACAUUUACAUUAAUUAAUCGGCGUAAAAAAUAAUAAUAAUCGCUUUUCAUAACACAAAGACAAACAAUUUUGCGCAAAUUGGAUCAAGACAAACAUCUAUCGAAUUGGAAUCAGUAACAUUCCGUUCAUUCCUGGACUAACCAAUGAGACAUUGUUGCUGCGACGGGGGCGCGCAAUCCACUCCCGACAGAGAGAUGCCAUAGCUGUUGUUCCCGAGGACGCUUUGAACUUUAUCAAGGAUUUUGUUCCUGAGGGUAAAUUGGAGAAAAAUAAGGACUCGUCUGAAGGCUUUGCGCAUUGCGUAAUUGGCAGAGAAAUGCGCUGGUGCGUUAGAUAAGCUGCACAUAAUGUUGGGACAAAUCUCUGCUGGAAGGCGUUUAUCGCACCGUUUAUGUUGCAAACACAGCAGAAACAAAGAUGAGAGAGUUUAGUAUGCUAGGGAAAGGUCGGCAUCGGAUGCUGCUGGCGCUCUGUUGGCUGUUUUUGGUUCUGACGAGGAGCGGAGCAGUCUCCAGAUGUGUGGACCAUGCCUGCAGUCCGCCCAUUGGGAACCUGGCUAGUGGCAGGACCCUCCUCACCCACUCCAGCUGCUGUGGAAACAGCUCCUUCCACCACAGCCCUUGCCCUUAUCCAACAGUGACCCCCCACGCCCUUUGCCCCAAUGACACCCAUCCACCUGCUCACAUGACUGAUGACCCUUUCCUGCAUCCAGACACGUGGUGGGCAUCAGGUGCAGGCCCCACCGAGCAGGAGCAGCAGGAUGAGAUCCGGUUGGACUUGGAGAGCCACUUCUGCAUGUCCCACAUGGUUUUGGUGUUCCGGUCCCCACGGCCUGCUGCCAUGGCCAUCGACCGCUCAGCCGACUUUGGAAAGACCUGGGAAACUCUGAAGCUCUUUGCGCACAACUGCAGCGAGGAGUUUGGUUUGCCUGAUGACUUCACUCAGCCAGGCUCUUUGUGCACAUCCCGUUAUACCAGUCCUACACCCUGCGGUGGGGGGGAGGUAAUAUUGCGGACACUUGACCCCUUCAGUGCUAAAACUCUGGACCCUUACAGUCCGGAGGCCCUCGCCCGCCUGACCCUCACUAACCUCCGCAUCAGACUGCUGAAAGCUCAGAGCUGCCCGGGACCUCUACAUCCCCCGGCAGCCUGGACAAGCCCCACAGACUCAGCUCUCACUUCCACAUCCUCCACAGAAAGCGCAGCACCUUACGCUAUUUAUACUCUAUUGGCCAGAGGGACCUGCCUGUGCCACGGACACGCUGAGAAUUGUGUAGCAUACAACAGUAGCCAAGACACAAGGCAGGACAGUAACAUGGUGUCCGGUAGGUGCAUGUGUGCUCACCACACAGCCGGGGAUCACUGUGAUAAGUGCGCCCCACUCUACAAUGAUCGUUCCUGGAGGCCGGCCAACAGCAGCAGCGGGGAGUCCAACCCGUGCCAGAUGUGCCAGUGCCACGCUCACGCAGAGCGCUGCCACUUCUCUCCGAGGGCCUGGCUCUCCUCGGGGGGCACCAGUGGGGGCGUUUGUGACGACUGCAGGCACAACACUGUGGGUCGCAGGUGCCAGCGCUGUCGCCAUGGUUACCACCGCCACCCAUCCCUGCCCCUCAACUCCCCCCACGCCUGCACACGCUGCUGGUGUGAUCCUCGGGGGUCUUUGCCCACUCGUCCAGGGGAGGAGGGACCCUGGUGCCACCCAAGGAGCGGGCAGUGCCCCUGCAGACCCGGGGUCUGGGGCGCGAGCUGCAGCCACUGCCAGCCCGGACACUGGGGGUUUGGAGAGGAGGGCUGUAGACCCUGCGCCUGCCCUCACAGCUGUGAUCCAAUCACAGGGCAGUGUCUGGACAGCUACUCAAAUAACCAGGUGUUCAACGUGCCCAUUGGUGGAAAGAUCCCUGACCUGGAUCACAUGUUCACAUUAGAAGAAGAGGUUCAGUGGUCGAAGGAGCUCGCCGUCUCUGCUCUGCAUUACACAGGAAAGUGCAGCUGUAAGGAGAAAAAGCUGAGGAGUGCGUUGGACCUCUGUAAGACCAAACAUGAUUAUGUGAUCAAGGCCAGUGUGCUGUCCGCUCACGACAAAGGCAGCCACGCAGAAGUGCAGGUCAAAGUUCGCAAGGUCCUUCGAUCAGGCCAUGUGGCGCUGAGCUUAGGGACCAUCAGCAUCUACCCUCUGUCCUGGACCAGCCGCGGCUGCACCUGUCCCAUUCUAAACCCAGGUAUGGAGUACCUGCUGGCGGGACCCGAGGAGGCGGGAACAGGCCGACUGCUGGUCACCAUGCAGAGCGUGGUCGUCCCAUGGACACCGCGGCUCGGCCUACUGGUAUCAGAGGGCCUGAGGAACGGAUGUACUUGAAUAUAGAUCUACACAGGCAGGACAGACUGCAGAAGCUUUGGCAAGGACAUUUGAGUCAGUGGACAAUUCAGAAAGGGGACUGAAAAUCACUGAUGACAUGCUGCCUCAUUCAGAGGAGUCAAACUCAUGACUGGUACUCACAAUGUGUGUGUGUGCAACACAAAAUAAAAACUGAAGUGAGUUCCUGGA